CCCAGCAUCUCCUCUGAGCCCAGAGUGAAGAGAGGCUUUGAACAAAAGGUGUUCGUCAACAGAAGCCUAACACUGGAAAACAUCAAGUGCUACGGCUUUGACAUGGACUACACGAUGUGUAUAAGUCUCCUGACUACGAGAGCCUGGGCUUUGAGCUGAUAAGAGACAGGAUGGUGUCUGUUGGAUACCCUCACGAGCUUCUGCGCUACACAUAUGACCCCAGCUUCCCCACACGCGGUUUAGUGAUCGACACCACUUACGGGAACCUCCUGAAGGUGGAUUCCAAUGGGAAUAUUUUAGUCUGCAGUCACGGCUUCCACUUCCUCAAAGGGCGAGACAUUGACAACUACUACCCCAACAAGUUCAUCCAAAGAGACGACACCGACCGCUUCUACAUUCUCAACACUCUCUUCAAUCUUUCAGAGACGUAUCUCUACAGCUGCCUUGUGGACUUCUUCACCAGAUGCACCAGAUACACAAACCACCUGAAAGGCUACCAGCACGGCGACUUGUUCAUGUCCUACAGGAGCAUGUUCCAGGACGUUCGAGAUGCAAUGGACUUCAUCCACGACACGGGAAUCCUGAAAGAUCGAACCAUCAAGAACCUGGAGAAAUACGUUGUUAAAGAUCCGAAUCUCCCUAUACUCUUGACCCGGGUUAAAGAGGUGGCCAAAGUCUUCCUCGCCACCAACAGUGACUACAGCUACACUGAGGCCAUUAUGAAAUACCUGCUUGAAAGUAAUGUUAAGCCGAAAAAUUCCUGGCGCUCCUUCUUCGACCUGGUCGUCGUGGACACCAGGAAGCCACUGUUCUUUGCAGAGGGGACCGUGCUGAGACAAGUGGACACGGACACAGGAAAGCUUCGGAUCGGGACUUACACGGGCGACCUCCAGCAUGGAACCGUUUACUCCGGAGGCUCUUCAGACAUCGUCUGUGAUCUGCUGGAUGUCAAAGGUAAGGACAUCCUCUACGUCGGCGACCACAUCUUUGGCGACAUCCUCAAAUCUAAGAAGCGUCAGGGCUGGAAGACUUUUCUGGUCGUGCCAGAGCUCACCAAGGAGCUGCAAGUGUGGGAGGAGAAGAGAAGCCUGUUUGAGGAGCUGAAACGUCUCGAUGUCUUCUUAGCUGAGCGUUACAAGCAUCUGGACAGCGGCAGUCCAGAGGGUCCCGACAUCAGCACCAUCCAGAUGAGAAUGAAGGUGCUGACCUACAGAAUGGACAUGUCUUACGGGCAGAUGGGCAGCCUCCUGCGCAGCGGCGCCAGGCAGACGCUGUUUGCCAGCCAGCUGAUGCGUUAUGCAGAUCUCUACUCGUCCACCUGCAUCAACCUGCUGCACUACCCCUUCAAUUACCUCUUCAUGGCUCCCCCAGUCCUGAUGCCUCACGAGGCAGCGUCUCAAAACUCGGCGGACUUUGCUUCAUCGGAGCUCACUGUCACCAACAAUACAAUCAGGAUGAGCAGAAACUGAGUGCUGAAGACAGCUGAUGUUUCAGAGGAAGAAGAGCACAUGAAGAUGCUACCUGAACCAUGGACAGUUCUCACUGACAAAGCUGACUGUUUGCACCUGUGCUUGUUAAAAGGCUUUGCUGCAGCCAUGAUGUGCCUCCUUUUCAAAAAAAUAUUGUAUUGGUCCACCUAGUGGACAUGAAUUGCUACACCAUGUAACACUUAAACGUAUAAAUGAUGCAUGCAUGUUGAGAUUUCAGGGCUCAAAGCAAACAGAUUCAGGGUUACUGUAUAUACGAGUGCUGUAUAUACAUGCAGUGGUGCAGACGCACUUUUAAUCUCAGGUUUGUGUAAUGGUUUUUAAGAAGUAAGUUUAUUUAUUUGUUGUUCGUGCAACUUCUGUUUCAAUAAAUAAUUC